CAGGAAGUGUAUUUGCAGGAAACAGUUAUAUUGUCAUUCGCUGUUCGUUUGACGAAGUAUAAAGAUGUGGAUCUGAACGUGGGUUGUAUGGCUAACCUGGCGUGAAGAAAACAUAUAGCUAAGCUUUUUUCACCCUACAUCCCCAUUCGUCGUCGAUUAAUAUCGGAUUUGUGAAUACAAGGUUUCAUUUUUGCCUGCGCACUGAGUGAGUUGUGUCGUCGGUUAGCCAGUUAGCCGUCAAAGCUAAUGUGCGCUAGUUAGCCUAGAAAAACUAGCAACAUUUUUGCUCCCAGUAUUCAACACACUGUGCAAGCAAGUAUAUUUUAACAACAGUGGCGUUUUUGAGUUACAACUGUUGUAACCUGCAGCGGAAAUAAUGGGAUCCUCCAAGAAACACAAGGAAAAGAGCCGCGACAAGGACACAGAAGAGCGCCGUCGCGAACAUAAGAAACAUCGCCACAAGGACCGAGACAGAGAUGCUUCAGACCGGGAUGGGACUCGGGAUAAAGAGAAACGAAAACGGUCCAGGGACAGAAGCGGACGGGAGAGCCGCAGCAAAGGUGAAAAAAGCAGCGGGGAGCCACGAGUGAAGAAGGAGAAGGUUGAUCUUGGAUAUGAAGAAAGCAAUACACAAGUGGGGCCUCAGUCUGCAAGCGGAGACGCAUCUCUCAGCAUUGAGGAGACAAACAAACUCAGAGCCAAGCUGGGUCUGAAGCCUCUGGAAUUAAAUGAGAACAAGAAGGAGCUCGGGACCAAAGAGGAUCCAAUGGUAGCUGAGACCAUCAACCCUGUUCUCAUUGCACAGCAGAAAGAGAUGAGAGAGAAGCUUGCCGCAAUGAAAGAAAAACGCAUCCAGAACCAGAAACUGGGAAAAGUCAAAACCCUAGCAGAGGAUGACUGGCUGGAUAACACAUCUGCUUGGGUUGAGAGAAGCAGAACGCUGGCAAAAGAAAAAGAAAUGGCAGAGAAAAGAGCCAAACUUCUGGAAGAGAUGGAUGAGGAGUUUGGUGUCAGCAGUCUGGUUGAGGAGGAGUUUGCUCAAAGCAAAAAGGAUGCCUACUCAUCUCACGAUCUAAAGGGACUCAAAGUACAGCACAAGGUGGAUUCCUUCAAUGAGGGCCAGACUGUCAUCUUGACCCUGCAAGACAAAGGUGUACUUGAAGAGGAGGAAGAUGUGCUCGUAAAUGUGGGACUGGUGGACAAGGAAAAAGCAGAAAAGAAUGUGGAGUUAAAAAAGAAAAAGCCGGAUUACAAGCCCUAUGAAGAAGAGGAGAGUGUGGAUGACAUGGUUACAUUUAAGACCCGCUCUGUUCUGUCAAAGUAUGAUGAGGAAAUUGAGGGUGAAAAGAAAAAGAGUUUCCGGUUGAAUACAGGGGGCUUUGCAGAUGGGGAGCGAGAGCGGGAGCUUCAGGCCAUGAGAGAGGCUCUACGAAAUCAGGCCCAGUCCUUGGAAAUGCCUGCUCUUGCUAUCGCCUCUGAGUAUUACACACCUCAGGAAAUGGUGGGCUUUAAAAAGACAAAACGCCGCGUGAAGAAGAUCCGGAAGAGGGAGAAGAAGACAGCUGCAGAUGAACUUGUCAUCGAUGACACUCGCAGCACUGAUUUUGGCUCCAGGACACGUGGUCGAGGCCGCAGACAGGUGGAUGACGACAGUGAGGAAGUAAAGGAGGAGGAGGAAAACACAUUGCCACACGAUAUCCCACAAAUGUCUGAUGACAUCAGAAUGGCAGAAAUGGACAUAAGUGACGACGAAGACUUUACACCUUCUGAGCCAGCUGUUCUUGAGGAGGAUGAGGCAGAGCAGGAGCUGCAGAAACAACUGGAGAAGCAGAGGAAGCUGAGGCAAAAGCAGCUUCUCAAAGACUCUGGGGAGAAGGUGGCAGAGCAGGUUAAAGUGCUUGAUGACGGCAACAAUGAAAAUGAUCCUGAGAAGAAGAACAACAUUGUUUUCAACGCCACCUCAGAGUUUUGCAGAACUCUGGGUGAUAUUCCAACUUAUGGGCUGUCAGGCAACCGAGAGGACCAAGAAGACAUUAUGGACUUUGAACAGGAAGAAGAGAAAGAUGAUGCUGGAGAUUCAGACUCAGAAAUGGAUGAGAAUGUUGGAUGGAGCACAGUUAACUUGGAUGAAGAGCAGAAACAACCAGAUUUCUCCACAGCCUCUGCCACUAUUUUGGAUGAAGAGCCCAUUGUCAACUCCGGCCUAGCUGCUGCCUUGCUCUUGUGCAAAAACAAAGGUCUAUUGGACACCCAAAUGCAGAAGAUAGCCCGUGUCAGAGCACCAAAAGGCGCCUUACCCAAUGACAACUAUUGCAUCGAGGACAAGAUGGGCUUUGAUGACAAGUACAGUCGCCGAGAAGAAUACAGAGGCUUCACUCAAGAUUUCAAGGAGAAGGAGAGCUAUAAGCCUGACGUCAAGAUUGAGUAUGUGGAUGAAUCUGGGCGGAAACUGACUCCAAAAGAAGCUUUCAGGCAGCUUUCACAUCGGUUCCAUGGGAAAGGGUCUGGAAAGAUGAAGACAGAGAGGAGGAUGAAAAAGCUGGAGGAAGAGGCACUGCUGAAGAAGAUGAGCAGCAGUGAUACUCCUCUUGGGACUGUGGCUUUGCUUCAAGAGAAGCAGAAAUCUCAGAAAACGCCAUAUAUUGUGCUUAGUGGGAGUGGGAAAAGUAUGAAUGCAAACACCAUCACCAAAUAAUUUGGGGGGGGGGGGGAAUUAUCUUUAACAUAAACAUGUACUGACACACUGCACAGAUAUAUACAUACACACUCACACACACACACACACACAGGAUGUUUUAAGUAAAGUAACUGCUCCAAUUUAAUGCCUAAUUCGUACAAGCCUCAUUGUUGUAGUAACGAAUUGUCCAAUAAAAUGAAUACCAAUGAGA